CCAGAGCCAGGACGGGUCUCACACGCUGCGGUGAGUGUCCGGCUGCGACAUGGGGCCGGACGGGAGCCUGCUGCGCGGAUACUGUCAGGAGGCCAAGAUUACAUCACCCUGAACCAGGACCUGCGCUCCUGGACCGCCAAUAGCAUCUCAGCACACUUCUCUAAACGCAAGUCGGAGGUUGGUGAGGCCGAUCACCAGAGGGCCUACCUGCAGGGCCCGUGCAUGGAGCGGCUCCGCAGAUACCUGGAGAUGGGGAAGGACACGUUGCUGCGCACAGAUCCCCCAAAGACACAUGUGACCCAUCACCCCAGACAUGAAGGGGACAUCACCCUGAGGUCCUGGGCCCUGGACUUCUACCCUGCGGACAUCACCCUGACCUGGCAGAGGGAUGGGGAGG